CACAAUACAGCCAAAGACAUCUCCGUUGGAUGCUCGGGAAAAUCCACAAUGAACAACGACACUAUGAGCAAUGGAGGGCUGAGCAUGGGGGAUGGGCCGACAUAUUUGUGUGACUUGUUUGACUUUUCAACUAUCACUGGUGUGUUUUUCAUUUUGAUCUUCAUCCUCAGUGUCACAGUGAAUGUCCUCCUACUGUGCGUCAUUUUUACUUACGAGACCCUGACAAAUGUCACAAAUCUCUUCGUCCUGAACUUGGCAUUCUCUGAUUUGGUCUUCACCUCCACACUUCCGUUCCUGGCCACCUAUUAUCUGCACCACUGGGUAUUUGGGGAUUUUCUGUGCAAAUUUGUAAUGGCUGCGUACUUUGUUGGUUUGUACAGCAGUGUCAUUCUGCUGACUGCCAUGACUGUGGAUCGUUUCAUUAUCGUGGUGCUUCACAAAUGGCCAAACAACUAUGUGAGAAGGCAGAGGUGUGCGGUCAUAGUAUGUGUAGCUGCAUGGUGCAUCAGCAUCGGCACGUCCUUUGUUGAGGCUAUCAAUGCGAAGGCCAUACAUGCGUCGGAUACAACAAUGACAUGUGAGUCCAUCUCUCCAGGCAAUGGUUUUCAGCUGGGAGCCAUUCUCCAGCUGUCACUGCUUUUCCUCCUCCCAUUUGCCAUCAUUGUUUUCUGUUAUUGUGCCAUCCUCAAGACAGUUUUGCAGAGUUCAAACCGGAAGAAAUACAGGACAGUAGCGGUGGUGUUUUAUAUCGUUGCAGCGUUCUUCAUCUGCUUGGGCCCUUAUAAUGUUAUGUCUUUGUUUGAAGGGGUUGACGCCUACCAAACAUGUAAUGUACAGCAAAGCUUCCACAUUGCCUAUCAUAUUUGUCUGAUCCUUGCGUAUUCUCACUGCUGCAUGAAUCCUCUGCUUUACUUGCUCUCACAAAAGUUGCGGAAACAUCUGUUGCAUAUUUUACCCUGUCAACUGUUGAGGAAGAAGGAGGAGGAGAGAGGACCGACAACUGUUAUUCGGACUGCACCACAGACUUCUGCUAUUAUACUGGAAAUGCAAGCCCAAUAGACAUCCACCAGUUUGGUGUCGAAAUGCCGCUGUGGAACGUAUAUUCUUUCGAUUACCUGUACAACCUUGAACCUUGUAGUAUGUACAUAAAAAAAAAAAAACAUUAUCAAUUAACAUUGCUACAUGUUAUUUAGAAACCACUUUGACUGUUUUUACUUCUUCUUUCUAACUAAAAGUUGUGACGGAACAUGAGGUAUUAUCACUGUGUUGCACAAGUUGUUUUUGCUGUGGUUGAAUUUCCCCAUAACAACUGUGAAACUGUAUAUUUACUGAGGAAAAACAUUACUGUAAUUUUUUUAAUUGAUUUAAUUUUAAAGCACCGCCAGGUUUGUUGUUUUUACAUGUAUGUCUGUUACAUUUCUGUGAUCAUUUGCAUUUGGAUUGGAAUUAUGUGAUGUUGGUCUAAUACUGUAUAUUAGCAAUCUUCCACUAAACACUUGACACUUUCACCUGUAGAAGCUUUUAAUUUCCCUGGAAUUUAAUAAUAAUAAUAAUAAUAAUAAUAAUAAUAAUAAUAAUAAUAAUAAUAAUAAUAUUAUUAUUAUUAUUAUUGUUGUUGUUGUUAUUAUUAUUAUUAUUAUUAUUAUUUAACUGCAUACAUGUUUCCGAUAUAUUCUGGAGACUUUUGGACAGUACCAUAUAAGAAAAUGAAUAUUUUAAAUGUACAGUGUGAAGAAUUCUGCAACAUUUAUUGGCAAAGUUGCAUGUUACAGCUAAAUAUCCAUCACUUCACUCUUCCCUUCCAAGUGUCAUUGAGGAACUAUGUAGCAGUUAACACCAAAACUUAAUAAGAUGUUUAUUUUGUCCAUUGUGGGCUAUUGUAAAAAGAUGGUGGCAUUUGUAGAGUAAAUAUAAAAGGCUCAUUCUUGGGUCAUAAAAACAAAAACAAAUCCAUACAGUCAGGUGAUGGGACAUUUAUAAGAACUUAAGUAUAAUUAUUUCAUCUUCAUUUUCUACCAGAUGACAAUCAUGUCAAAUGUUACAGACUGGACCUUUAUUAUAGUUGACUACAAUAGAACUGACAUGAAUGGUAAAUGGUGCAUCUAUCACACAUCAUUCAUACCCAUUGACACCCUGCCGGCAGGAGCAACGUGGGGUUAAGUGUCUUGCCCAGGGAAACAUUGGCAUGUAGACUAGCGGAGCAAGGAAUCAAACCCACAAACUUCCCUGUUAAAAGACGACUCACUCUACCACUGAGCCACAGUUGCCUCUGUGGCAGCUAUAGACAGUAUAGGCACCAAUAUGUCAUUAAUGGAUCAAAAUACCUGAAAUUGCAUUUGAUCAUGUAGCUGCGUUGAUUACUUACUACAUUCAUGGGCAUUUUACGACUUUUUAUGUCAUACAUUACAAUUUAUUUAUAUGUUUCAAAGGUAAAGGUAAUCUAUAAUCCAAGACAAAAUAAAAGGGUAAUUUCCACCUCAAUUUUUUUUUUUUUUUAUAAAAAUAAAACCAUGCUAUGCUAUGAUUACUCUGGUUAAAUAAUAUGUUUAUAAGCAGAUAGGACUGCAACCUUGUUGUACAGUGUACAGUGUGGUGAUUGUGCAAUGAUGACAGAUAGAUAGUGGGUAUAUCUGUAUUUUUCUUACAUAUCUUUAGCUCAGGACAUUUUUUUUUUGCUUACUAGCUGCAUGUCAAAAAUGAUUAUGUGCACAUCAGAUGUUAUAUCUCUGUCCACAUCUGUUUCGUCUCCGUCUUCAUAUGUGUAAGCACCAAUUAGCCAGGCAACGCUCCCACAUGGACCCACUGU